AUGGACCCUGCCGCCACCCUCACGCACGUCCGUGCCCACUGGGCCAGCAUCCUGCCCAGCUCCCCCAUCUACAGCCUCUUCUUCGCUGGUAUCCGCAUCGCAGACGCCCGCCGUGAAGACGUCGGCAGCGAGUCGUCGAGCGGCGGCCGCAUACUCGCCCGCCUCCCUGUGGGCGGAAUUCAUGUUAACUCCAAGAACAUCCUGCACGGCGCCGUGUCGGCCGCCCUCGUCGACUGGGCCGGCGGCAUGGCCAUUGCGGCGGCGACGGGGCGCAGCCAGACGGGCGUGAGCGUCGACAUUCACAUUAGCUAUGUGGCGGCCGCGCGGGUGGGCGACGAGCUGGAGAUUGAGGCGUGGGUGCAGCGCGUGGGCGGGACGCUGGCGUACACGUCGGUCGAGAUUCGGCGUCGAAAGCUGCCGCCGUUGCCGUCCAACGGCGACGACAGCCACGACGGCAGCCAAGACGGCGAUCACAAGAAGGUCGACCCCUACGCCGUCGCAAAGACACGAGGCCCUGUGGUCGCCAGGGGCAGCCACACCAAGUAUGUCGCCUAUGGAGAACCAAGGAAAGUUCCGCCGGCAGCAGAGACCAAGCCAGAGGCAGCAGAGACAACAGAGACUGGGGAGCACCGAUCAAGAAAGAGAGUAUAA